UCCAAUUAACGAGGCACGAUUCGUCUGGUAUAAAGUGAAGAACGUCGCCCAUCCAAAAGUCGGAAGAUGUCGUUCAGGUAACCCGAGACCAUUUUCUCUGCGUUAUCAAAAGGACGAAAACGACAAGCGAAAUCUAACGGAAAAACAGCGGCGAAAAGGACGCUUUAAGUGAAACGAAAGCUCGGAGCUUCGCGAUGAAGUUGAAACUGAAAAUCGCCGUUUUGGCCUGCGCGGUUUGGUUGACGGUUUGCUUUCUACUCUACACCGAGGACCACGCGGCUGCUGCUGACCAAAGGCAUCCACCACCUUCCGGCCUCGCCGCACCCCAAUCUGCAAACGGUUUUGCACCCCUGGCGGUUCCCCUUCGCCGAGACACCCCUGCUAAUGGACACAGCAAGACAAAGAUCAACAUCCAGGCGGGCCCCGAACAAGGUGGCGGUGUCCUCGCCGCUCCUAGAGAACCCGAUGCAUCGGCACCAGGUGAGAUGGGUCGGGCCGUUGUUCUGCCAACGAAUCUCACUGCCGAGAUGAAGAAGCUCGUCGACGAUGGCUGGCUCAACAACGCCUUCAACCAGUACGCGAGUGACCUGAUAUCCGUGCAUCGGACCCUCCCCGAUCCCAGAGACCAGUGGUGCAAGGAGCCGGGAAGAUACAGAACCGAUCUUCCACCAACGGCAGUGGUGAUUUGCUUCCAUAACGAGGCUUGGUCCGUGCUUUUGAGGACCGUUCAUUCCGUCCUUGAUCGUUCGCCGCCUCCGUUACUGCAGGAAAUUAUCCUCGUCGACGACUACUCGGAUAUGCCCCACCUGAAGCGGCAGCUCGAGGACUACAUGAUGAAUUACCCGAAGGUAAGGAUCAUCAGGGCUCCGAAGAGGGAGGGACUGAUCAGGGCGCGUCUUCUCGGCGCCGCGGCUGCCAAAGCGCCGGUUCUCACCUACUUGGACAGCCACUGCGAGUGCACCGAAGGUUGGCUGGAGCCUCUGCUCGACCGAAUCGCCAGGGACUCGACGACGGUCGUUUGUCCUGUAAUCGACGUCAUCGACGACUCGACGCUUGAGUACCACUGGCGGGACUCCGGUGGCGUCAACGUCGGUGGCUUUGACUGGAACCUCCAGUUUAAUUGGCACGCCGUGCCUGAACGGGAAAAGAAGAAGCACCAGAACUCAGCCGAGCCGGUCUGGUCACCGACCAUGGCAGGAGGUCUCUUUUCCAUCGACCGUGCCUUCUUUGAAAGACUCGGCACUUACGACAGCGGCUUCGAUAUAUGGGGUGGUGAGAACCUCGAGCUGUCUUUCAAGACCUGGAUGUGCGGAGGUACCCUUGAGAUCGUGCCGUGUUCCCACGUCGGGCACAUAUUCAGAAAACGAUCGCCUUACAAAUGGAGGAGCGGAGUAAACGUUCUGAAACGCAACAGUAUCCGCCUUAGCGAAGUCUGGCUCGACGACUACGCCAAGUAUUACUACCAGCGGAUUGGACAGGACAAAGGAAACUACGGGGAUGUAUCGGACCGCAAAGCUUUGCGGAAGAAAUUAAAUUGCAAACCGUUCAAGUGGUACCUCGACAAUAUAUAUCCGGAAUUAUUCAUUCCGGGUGAAGCUGUCGCUUCUGGCGAGGUUCGAAAUCUCGGAGAGGGUGCAUCGACGUGCUUAGAUUCACCGGCCCGAAAAGCGGACCUUCACAAACCGGCCGGACUCUACCCUUGUCAUCGUCAGGGCGGAAACCAGUACUGGAUGCUGAGCAAAACGGGAGAAAUUCGCAGGGACGAAUCGUGUCUCGAUUACAGCGGGACGGACGUGAUUCUUUAUCCGUGUCACGGCAGCAAGGGAAACCAGCAGUGGAUAUACGACGCCCAGACGAAGCAGAUCAGGCACGGAAGCAGCGACAAGUGCCUCGCGAUUACCGAGAGCAAGCAGCGGCUCCUCAUGGAGGAAUGCUCGAUGUCGGCACCGCGGCAGCGAUGGUCCUUCGAAAACUACGACCCCUCGAAGCUGUGAUACCGGCCUGUCUCCGAAUUCCAGCUCAGUCGCCUUCAGCCACAGCUUCGGCAUCGUUCCGAGGGCUUCUGGAUCGGUGGACAGCGAUAUUCCGUUGCUAGGACGCGAUUCGGGUGAUAGUAGGCGGCUACGCGAGUCACUGUACCCUGCACUGCACUGCCUGCCUCUUCUACAGGGAGGAUUCGUUCGCAAGGGUGGAUAAAACCCCGAUGAAACGGAUAAUAAUAAUU